AAUGUGGCUCUACGAAAGGAUGAUGCAAAAACCAUAUAAAGAAGUUAUAAACUAUACACAAACUUUAGAUAAAUUUGUGCAGAGUUGCGCAUAUAUUUCCACUGGGGCAAAUGACCGUCCCAUAGAUUGCGACUUAUCUAACUUCAAGCAAAUGAUUGUCGGAAGUACUUUAAUAAGUGCCAACAGUAUAUGCUGGACAAUAAAUACAGUAAUAGGGAAGCCUGAUAUAAUGCCACUAACAGUUCCGUCUUACGGAAAUUUGGUUCUGAAUUUAACAAUUGAUGAAACGGAGUUUCCAUUUUUUCUUCACCCUCCUUUGGCCAAGAUAUCUAUUCACAAUCCCAACCAAAUUAUAAACCCAUUCUUUUCCGGUUCAACUAUGUUCCUGAAUUCUCGGAAUAAAUUUAUUUUAAAAAAGGUUGUGAAGAAUCUUCUUCCCCCACCAUAUAAAACACAAUGCGUGGAUUACUUGAAGAGAUGGAAAGAAAAUGGAGGAAUUGGGGCUACAAAUAAUAAAGAAUGCAUGGAUGAAUGUAAGAUAAGGCUAUCUCUAAAAAGAUUUGGUUGUGUAAUCGACGAGCUAAGUCAGAUUCCCAAUCAAGAAUUACCGUGUAGUGUAGUAGGUCUACUUGUUAAGCAAACGUUUAACAAAACUGACGAAUUGGAAGCAGCUGAAUGCAUCAAACAAAACUGUGGAUCCGCUUGCUAUGAAGAAUAUUAUGAAAUUUCUCAAAAGGUGACAGAAAGUCAUAAUACGAACAAAUGCUUAGAAAAACACUAUGAAAGACAGAAGAAUAAUAACAUAAAAUUAAGAAAUAUUAUUACAGUAGAAAUUGACUUGAAUGGUAUGGAAACAAGAACUUACACGUACAGACCGAAAUUUGAGAGCAUAGAAAUCUUCAGCAACUUGGGUGGCUAUAUUGGACUGUGGCUAGGUAUAUCGCUUAUCGCUCUGUUUGAUUUUCUGGAGAUGAUAUUUCUUGUCAUUAUGUAUCCCUGUCAGAAGUUAAUGGAGAAGAGAAAAUGAAAAAAUACACCAAUCUAAUCUAAUAUCUUCAUUAUUUUGAACCAAUUGUUAUAAAAAUGCUGUUUAAUCACAAUGAAUUUGAUGUUUAGUGUAGAUAUAUUAUAAGCUUAAACUUAUCACCAUGCUUCAUACAUGUCUCUCUAUUUUACCAUCCUCCUCGUAUAAAACAAAGUGUUGAGAUGCAUAUGAAAUAUAACCUUUACAUCGAAAAUUGGAAGUCUUUCUAUUUCUUAUAUGUUAUUCAAAGACAAUCAAACAGGUUUGGUUAUUUUUUAAUCUCACCUUUCACAUUAUUGUUCAUCAAAUUUCGAAAAUGUUUCUGUUUUUUCCUUGCUCAAAUAUUAAUCUGUAAUGCCUGAUGUGCACUGUUUUUUUUAAUUUAAUUUUAUUUUUAGUAAGGAUUUUAAAAUUUACAUUAAGGCCAGAACACUAUUGUCUUGAAAAACACUAUUGUCUAAACAAAUCUUCAAAUUACUUAAUAUUUUAGGGGAGAUUUUUUCAAGGGUUCACUGCUGCUGUACUAAACUGCCUCAGUAUUUCUGCAUGAAUCAUUGGUGUUUAAAAAGGAAUAAUUUUUAGAAAGGUAUAAUUUUUAGAAAGGUAUAAUUUUUAGAAAGGUAUAAUUUUUAAACAUACGAUCUAAAAAGGAAAAUGUUCGACCAAAUUCAUGCAUUUGACCACUGUAUGUUUUGAAAACAGACAGGAGGGAUGUAAUGAGUUGUUUGGCAGGGUGUUAAGGGAAUUUUCUGAAUAUUAGCAUCACCCAUAUAAAUCUAAGGUGGAUUCAUCAGUGGGUGGAAUCAUUCAAUUGGGUAAACGCAAACAUUGGAACCAACAUGUUUACAAACCAAUUAAUAGAAUGUUCCAAAGGAGCGCAGCCAUGACCGUGUCUAAAGGUGGUUAUUUUAAUC